CCGGGCUAGCUCCGCAGGGCUCGUGCGGGGCGCUGCCCCGGGGUCCCGGGAGGGUGAUGGGGCGUCUCGUGCCCUUUGCCCUGUGGGGCCAGGGGUGAAAGGGCCGGGCUUGGGCGGAUCCCUGGCUCUGGUUUAGGGGGCUCAGCGGCAGCGGCUCUGCACAGCCCCAGGCUGAAAGCGGAGCUGGGGAGUUAAAACCAGUGAAAAACCCACGAGUUGGCAACAGUGGGGUGGCCUUGGGCAUUAGGCACUGGCCUGGGACUCAGGAGAUCUGGAUUCAGCUACUGGCUCUGACGUGAACCCCCUGUGUGAUUGGGGUGUAAAAGUUUUCCUCUCACUUUAAAGACAUGGACAGUUUUGUUGAACAACUGAAAAGGGGGACAGAGGAAGAGUUUACAGAAGAGUCUGCGUGGGAUGGGUCUGUGGUAAACACCACAAGCAGUUCACUUCCAACUGUCUAUUUACCUUUACUCCCACGGUACCUUUGGCAUCCAACAACCAGAGGUCGAAAGGCAACAGAAUUUCAGGAGACUAAGAAAGCUUGUUUAAAUUACAUUCAGGAUGCCCUGCUACAACACCAGUGGCAGAGGGCUGCAGAAUUCAUGACUAACUAUUUGGAGACAUUAGAGAGUACUUCUGCUGAAAAACGGAUGGCUGCCCCAGAGGUGAUUUGGAGAAUAGGAACUGAAAUUUUGUGCCAUCAUCCCAAGAGCAGCAUUGAAGAGUUCAACUAUUUUGCUGAGCGGAUGAAAAAUCUAGGAGUAAAAAGGUAUUUAAAGGUCUGUUUAGAGCAUGUCUUUCACCUCCUGUGUAAUGGACUGAUAGAUGAUGCAUACCAAAACCUGUCCCUGGCAGAAGGCUGGAGGUAUGGAGAACAAACAGUUGCUCAGGAUAAAGAAUUGAAACUCAUUCAAGCUUACAAGGGACUGCUGGACUACUAUAACUGGGCCAAAAAAAGAAAAGCCAUGUUAGAGCUUGAUGGUAAUUUUGCAGACUCUGUUGAACAGGAAAUGCACAGUUUCUUUCGGCAGGCAGCAGUGAAUCUCAAGGAGAUAAUUAAAAUACCUGGAGUUUGGGACCCUUUUGUGAAGUGCUAUGUGGACCUAUUGGAAUUCUAUGAGGAUUAUGAUGAAGUCCGGCAAGUGUUAAGCGAGUAUGCUUACAAUUCGAAGUUUCCUCCCAAUCCCAAUGCUCAUGUUUAUUACUAUCAGUUCCUAAAGAGACAGGGUGAAUCAAAGAAGACACUGAAGUCUGUGCUCAAGAUUUUGCACGAGAUUGUUCCCUCUCAUGAAUUAAUGUUAGAAUAUAAUGCCAUGCUUCAAAAAUCAAAAAAAAGAAAAAACCAUAGACUGGGGCUGGAGAUUAUUUUCACACUCCUGGAUUUUGCUGGGUGGAAGGAGCAUGUAAAAGCUUGGAGCUGUUUAGCAAAACAGAUUAAACAGAUCCUGGAGCACUCUAGCAAGCAUCUUGACUGGGUCACGGAGGAGUGGAACUCCAGAAAGGACUGGUGGCCAGCCUUCCACUUUAGCCACUACUUGGCGAAAAGAAAUUGGCAGGAAAAUGAAAGUCUUGCUUGUGAAAAAGCAUUGGUGGCUGGAAUCUUGUUGGGAAAAGAUUGCAAAUAUUUUAAAUAUGUUUCACACCAAGGCUGCAAAGCCAAGAAGGAAAAGUUUCGGACAAUGAAGAAAUUUGUGAAGAAACACAGCUCUACCCAUUUGAGAGCAUCUGGUGUUUUGGAUUCCUGCACGCACCUUUGAUGUUUACAAGAUGCCUUUUAAGGGCCUGGCUGUCGAAGGGGAGGUCCUGCAUCAAUUGCUGAGCCUCCAUUUACAGACCCAAGAGGAGCAGCCAGGACGCCCUUCGCAUGGAGAUGGCCGAGGCCAUGGGGCGAGCCGCGGAGUCUGCUGCAUCCAAGGCUGCUUGGAGGGUUGUGCUCACUGCAGCCAUGCCCUCUUCAAGGAUCACCCGGAAUUCCUUCUUGGACCCUUCAGGCAGCGAGACCUCGAAUUUGGCCAUAGACUGCCAAGUAUUGUAGUCAUAGUGGCCAAGGAGGGCUUUGGUGGUUGGCCACUGUCAAAUGAAGGCUGGAAGACUAAUACAUUUUUUGCCCAAACAGA